AUGUUAUUUGGUAAUAGUGUCAAAGUUUUGCUCAUCACUGGCCUUUCCGUUAUUGUAAUUUUUCAAAAUACUAUAACUUGGCUAUUGAAACCAGGUUAUGGUUCGUCGGCAUCACUGUUGCGAUAUGAUGAUUUUCUUUUCGAUAUUGUAUAUACAUAUGUCAAUGGCAGUAAUGAAGAGUAUAUUCGACAGAAAGACUAUUGGUUUUCCAUUGAUCGACCACUUCUGGGCAGUAAUCGUCUUCAAGAACGCCACAGUGUUUCAUCAAGUCUAUCGAAAGACAAUAAUGAGCUUUGCUUUUCAUUACGAAGUAUUGAAAAAUUUAUGCCUUCAUUUCAAGGACAUAUUUAUGUUGUAACUGAUCAAAUACCAAAUUGGCUCAAUGUUUCAAUGCCACAAUCCCAACUUCGUGUGAUCUCAACACGAGAAAUAAUCGACAAUAGAUACCUUCCGACAUUUAAUUCUCAUGCUAUCGAAGCCAAUCUUCACAAAAUACCACACUUAAAAGAAUUUUAUCUCUAUUUCAACGAUGAUUAUAUACUUGGGAGCCCAACUUUCAUUGAAGAUUUUUUUACGGAUGGAAGAUGUCCGGUGAUUUAUGGUGACGAUCGUUUAACAUCGAACACUAAUGUUACAUUAAAUAUUCAUAAGAAAGCAAUGCUAAAUACAAAUGCUUUACUGGAUGGUAUUCUUUCUAAAGUAAAUGCAUUUGUUAACGAUAGUGAUCGGCGUUUUCUUCCGCAUGCUCCACAUCCUAUUCGAAAAUCGAUUGCUGAAGAGGUUUGGGUAUCUAAAUUUGCUGAUAUUCAACGUGAGCAAUCAUCUCAUCGAUUUCGUGACAUGAAUGACGUUCAUCCAACCUAUUUCGUUUCACGAUUUUUAAUUGAACAAUCAAAUGCUUGUGCAGAACAGCGACGAAUGAAAAAUGCAUGUCCUCCAGACGGACAAGAUUUUUGUAAUCAAGUACUGACGAAUAACUAUAAGAAAGCAACACAAUUUUUUAACGAGCUCCGUUGGCGAUCACGAAUGCCAAAAUUUUUGAGUAUUAACGAUCGUACAAGUACAAAUUAUACGUAUCAGGGUAGAAUUCAUUGGGAAUUUCAACGCUUUUUAAAAGAAAUGUUUCCUCAAAAAAGUAAAUUUGAAUCGAAAGAUUGUACAAUAUGA